GACUCCUCAAAAGCCCCCGUCAAGCUCGCUACCGUCAUUAAGGUCCUUGGGCGCACUGGCUCCCGUGGUGGUGUCACGCAGGUCCGCGUCGAGUUCAUGGACGACCCCACCCGGUCCAUCAUCCGUAACGUGAAGGGCCCCGUCCGCGAGAAGGACAUCUUGGCUCUCCUGGAGAGUGAGCGUGAGGCUCGGUACGUGCUCCUACUUGCCAGGAAAUGGACCAGCCCUGAUAAUCGUGCUUCGCUACAGCCGCCUGCGGUAGAUCGCUCUCGUGUUCUCAUUUGUUGUCGCACUAUUUUUUCUCCUCUCGCCACACGACGCCUCCUCUGUAUGACCAUGCCAAUGCUAUGA